CUUCCGGAAGUCUUAGCCUCGCCCCCUUCCUGCUAGCUCUGCGUUCCAGGCCUACGCUUCCGCUUCCGGUCUCGGACCCUUAGUGCUGAGGGUCACAUUGAAUCUGCGGUGCCCGCGGGAUUAGCAGCGGAGACAACUACAGUGACAGCGGUAGGAGCGGCCUCAGUCCAGGAGCCACCAUGUCUGAUGAUAUCAAGGCCAAGAUCCGAAACUACCGCACUGCGCCCUUUGACAGCCGCUUCCCCAAUCAGAACCAGACCCGCAACUGCUGGCAGAACUACCUGGACUUUCACCGUUGUGAGAAGGCCAUGACUGAGAGAGGCGGUGAUGUGUCUGUCUGCCAGUGGUACAAACGUGUCUACAAGUCCCUCUGUCCCUUGUCCUGGGUCAGUAAUUGGGAUGAUCGCAGAGCAGAAGAAACCUUCCCUGGAAAGAUCUGAGCGACUUCCUUUUCCUCCCUUCUCCCCGACCCCAAUGUCUGGGGCUGGAUCCCUUCUUCCCUCAGCGUGGGGGGAAUGUGAUCUGUGGCUACCCCUGCCCUGAGGGGCCUGAAUCAUGUUAAAAUAAACUGUUGGAAUCAA